UGGUGUAUACGGUAAGCGGUAUUUGCUCCAAAGGACACUACAUUAUCACGACAUGACGCACUGAUUUCCGUGUUUUGAAUCAAAUAUGGCGGCCGAACAAGAAGCCGCGUUGCGAAUGACUCAAGCUGUUGAAACGGCGUUAAAUCCGUCAACAGCGCAGAAACAGAGGAUAGAAGCUUAUGAGUUCAUCGAGCAGUUCAAAGCCAGCUCUCCAUUAUGUGUUGCUGUGGGGCUAUUGAUGCACGAUCGUCAAAACUCUGCUGUGGUACGCCAUACCGGACUUCAGCUGUUGGAGCACGCUGUCAAGUUCAACUGGAACUCAAUGAGCAGUGAUGAUCAAGCAAGAUUGAAGGGAAUCUCUCUUCACCUGCUUGCACAGGGAAGUGGCUCUUUGCCAGAUGAACCUCUACACAUCAAAGAAGCAUUAUCACGACUGAUUGUUGAGAUAACCAAGAGGGAAUGGCCACAGAAAUGGGGAUCACUUCUUCCAGACCUUAAUAGUAUCUGUGCAUUAGGGGAUGUUCAAACUGAAGUGGUUCUAAUGAUUCUACUUCGACUUGCGGAAGAUGUGAUCUCAAUGGACAGCAACCUGCAACCGACCAGGAAGAAACAGAUCACACAGGAGUUACACACACAUAUGGACGGAUUGUUUACCUUCUUUAUCGAGACACUUCAGAAGAAUACUGCAAAGUUUAGAACUCUAAAGAGUGAGAUACAAAGCGGAGAUGUUAGCUGUCAAGCUCAGGCAGCAGUUCAUCAGCGUCUAGCUGAGCAGACACUGUUAACACUGACUGGAUACUUAGACUGGGUAAAGUUUGGAGUGCUGUAUGUUCAGGAUUGCAUCAUUCUACAGAUGCUGUGCUUGUUACUAGAGGAAGAUGCACUAAAAAUACCAAGUUGUGAAUGUCUUCUCAUUAUUGUUAGUAGAAAGGGAAAACAUGAGCAGAGGACACCAAUGUUGAAGCUCUUUAGUGAGGAUGCCAUGAGCGUUAUGCUGUCCGCUGCCCAGAAAUCUAUUACAGCUGAAUUUGAUGAGAAGCAGUAUCUUUUUCUGAAAAGGCUAUGUCAAGUGCUUGUCAAUCUAGGGGAAGUACAGCUAUAUUAUUUAUGGAAUGCUGACAAGCCUAAAGAAAGACCUCCAAACUUCAGACAGUAUUUAGAAGCACUGAUAGCAUUCUCAAAGCAUGAAAGCUUGACUCUGCCACACUUGACAAAUGGACUCUGGCUUUCAUUGCUGAGAAAUCCUGUUAUCGCUAUUGAUGAAACAUUUCAGGAAAUAUUUCCAUCUCUUUUGGAGAUAGCCAAAGCUAAACUUUACAAGGUUGGUGAUCCAGAAGAGGAGGAUUCACCAGGAAGUGUUUUUAACCGAGAAGACUUCAACAGUGAGAGAGAAUUCACUUCUGUUAAUGGCCAGGUGCGAGGGGAAACCAUGGACAUCAUUCGUCAAAUAACAAUGAUACAUCCUGUUGAUACUUUCCUGUAUGGAGCCGACUGGUUGUUACAGCGGGCCACACAAACCCCAGCAGCUGAUGUGCAACUCAGUGCAGCUGAAACAGAGAAGAUGAUACAUGAGUGGGAUGGGCUUACUCGCUACUUGGAUUCAGUGAUGUCCAGAUUUUUUAAAGUGGAUAAUUACGAGGAGAUCAUUCAAGGCCAGGUGACAUUUCGAGAAUUACCCGUGGCAUUUGUUGAACUGGUCAGGAAAUGCAUCCAGUCAACUUUAGCAGUUGACUCAAAGGUCCCCGAUGUGUUGUCUAGUGUGGCUGAUGCUACUCAAGCCCUCUAUCCUUUCCUUACAUACAACAAAGACUUGGUGAUGGAUGUCCUUAAAAAGAUGUUUCAAGUGAUUCUGUUUAAUACAACUGGUGAUCCAAAGGGUCCCUGGAGUCCUGAUGUUCUCCACGCCCGUCGGCAUGCAUGUGCUGCAGUCAUAAAAAUUUGCAAAGGUUUUGGAGAGCUACUUGUGCCAGUGUUUGAUGCCCUAAAGCAGCAUGUUCAGUCCUUGUUUGUAGGAGAGCUAGUUCCUGUGAAAGACAGAUGCACUUUAACUGAAGCAUUAGUCAUUGCCAGCAAUAAGCUAAGUAGAGAAAAACAGAAUGAAUUUCUGAUUGAGCUGUUGACUCCCAUCAGAGACAUCUGGCUUAGUGACAAAAUGCAAGGGGCAAUCUCAUCUCCAGAAAAUUUUCUUUCAUUCAUUGGAAUGGACCAGGAUACAGCUUCUUACUUUCAAAAUGCUGAGUUGAAAGGAAGGAGAUUUCAAGUCAUGUUGUGUGUCACCACUAUAAUGGCCGUUGUUCGAAGCUGUGCUUUACUCAAUACCCAGACGGCGACCAGUGAGGGGCUGUCCAUUGGGUCGAUGCCCAAUGGGACUCCUUAUGUGCACAACCCGUGUGCACCCCAUGUCUUGCCAUUACUCGGCAAUAUUACGGUGUUAGCAAAGUGCCUGAACAGUCUGUAUGAUCCUGUAGUAAAAUCAGCCAUGACUCCUGCUUACACCGCAGCCCUUGACAUGCAUGAUCUUGAUACAAGCGCAAUUUAUGUGCUGCCUUACGAAAGGGUCAAAAGUGAAGUGCCAACUGUCCAAAACCCUCUUGCAGCAACAAGAAGCUUUUUAUAUCACUUAUCUGACACAUGUUACCAUGCACUGGGGUAUUCAGCGUCUUGUCUUAGCCAUGAUUUCUACAGUAUUCCUGACUUGUCGCGUCUUCUCGCGGACAAUGUCAUCAAGUCUCUACAGUAUGUUCCAAACUAUAGACUGAGGUUUGUUGUGCGUAAUUUUUUAAAGUUGUUUAUCCUGCACUGCCCCGAGUGUGACUAUCAAGAUGUAAUGAUACCUGUCUUGUCUCCAUUCUUCUCAUUCAUGCUUCAGCACCUUGAAGAACAGUGGCAGAUAGUCAGAAAACAUCAAGCCGAGAGCACGGAAGCAGUAAAUGAGGAGGAUAAUAUGGAAUCUAAAGAGAUCAUUGAAGAUCAACUGGUUUCUAUUAUCAGUAAAGACUACUUGGAUGUUUUCAGUAAGUUAUUUGCUUUGCAGUUCUUCUAAUAGGGACCUCUGCUUUCUAGCAGUAUGAACACGAGAUCAAGUUCAAUUUAAAUCUAUUUAGGUUACCAGAACCUCACUCCUCCCUGUUUCGGACCGGUUAAACAGGGGACUGUCAGUUCGAGAUUGCUCUGAAAUGCAAUAAUCGAACUCAUAAGCAUUAGGUUAGAAAAGUCAUACUUGUCUUCGAUUUCGCCCUCGUACUCUG